AUGCAGGGAGAGACCAAAGGACCAACCUUCUCAGAAGAACUUGGAGUUGCGGUUGAAACUUUGAAAGAUGGAUUCACUCUGAAAGACCUUUGGGAAAUCAAUCUGGAUUGA